AUGGGUCAACGCGCUGCCCAUCUCAUUGUAACCAUGGCUCUCGCAAACCACCUGGGUCUCAACUUCGGUGGUCUUUUACCCCAUCCUUCCACAGAAGUGCAUGGUGCAGACCUUCACGCUUGCUUGAGCGCUGUGGUGGGCACGGAUUACACCUCUUUGCGGAAGCAGGUGAGGCACGCCAACUUUGACUCUUGCUUCUUCGGAAGUCACGUGCUCCUUUCGACUAUGGAGGGAGGCAAUCAGACAGUGGGUCAGAACGUUCUCUUCCAGGAAUGUGGAUUUGGAAAGGAUAUGGUGCGCUUCCUGACCCCAGACUUCUUGCGCAAGCUGAGGAAGCACACAAAAUUGCUCAAACAGCCAACACCACACUUCGGGCAGGAACGGCGGCUUCGCGUUGCCGUCCAUAUUCGUCGAGGUGACAUUGACGUCUCGAGGCAGACGAAUCGCGACGUCUCCAACCAAAUCUACUUGAAAGUUGUGAACAGAAUCCGCAAGAUGGUACCCGAUGGCAUUGCGGACGUCCACGUGUACAGCACCACCAAGGAAGGAAAACACGCAAGCAGUGAGUUCAAGGCAUACGAGGAUGCAGGCAUGACCGUGCACUUGAACGGGGAUGAGCAAGUUGAUUUGGCGCACAUGGCUCAGGCAGAUGUGCUGGUCCAGGCCCCGAGCAGCUUCUCGUGGCUAGCAGGCGUGCUGAACUCUAACUGCGUGGUGUCUUUCAAGUCCUACCCUGGGGGCUUGCCGGAUUGGAUCUAUCACCAUGCUGGCAGCUUCAAGAAGGAUGAUGCUGACCAUCUGCAGGAUUGCAUUGAUGAGAUGAAGCCACGGCAACGCCUGGUGCGUCACGAAGCACAGGACCUCAGGUGGGUCAAGGAAGCGCUGACCAUGCUAUGGCCGAAAGUCAAUGCAGCAGCAGAAAGGUUUAUGAUCCAAGAGGUCCAGCCCCAAAUUCUGACAGAGCUUCCGAAGUUCCUGAAAAGCUUCCACUUCAAGCACUUCACAUUUGGCCACGGCAUACCGGACGUGCACAGCAUCGAGGUUUGGGACGCCCCAUGCCGAGAUUUGGACUCCAAGCGGCAAGGAUUCGAAAUUCACGUCUCCUUCAAACUGCAGUCAGAUGUAGAGAUCGUUGCGUCCGUGCUGGGCAUUUCAGCUGGUCUCAGCUACUUCUCGCUGAAGGGUUGUUUGGUCAUUCGCCUCGAUCCUCUCCUGAAUGAGGAGCCGCUGGUUGGAGGCAUAGUGGCCUACUUCAUCGAUCCACCAGUGGUGGACUUCCGCAUGACUCCCGGCGUCGCCCAGGUGGCCGAGUAUGGUCCUCUGAACGAGGUCCUGCGGAAUCUCCUCGAGACCAACAUCAGGAGCCAACUGCUCCUGCCGAAUGUCAUACAUAUCCCCAUGGUGGACGAUGAGGACUUGGUGGACACCGCCAGCGUGAGAGAUGCGAAGCCCCUGGGCGUCCUACGGGUAACCCUGUGGGAUUGGACGCAUUUCUUGUCCAGUGUCAGCAGCAUGGCCAUGUUGAAUCUCCUCGUUGGCCUGGCGGUGGCCUGGCUGACGGCCGGGGAGCCCAACCCCGAAGCGAGCGCCGUCCCCAAGCCGGGCAACCUUCGCAAGCAAGCCCCAGAGGCCCAGGAGGGCAGUCAGGAGGGUGAAAGCACCUCGUCAUGCCAGACCUUUCAGUUUGACAGCAGCCUGGGCCCAGAUGGGGGUUCGAACAUGGCACAGUGUCAGGGAGAUUGCGAUGAAGAUGCUGACUGCGCAGAGGGCCUGAAAUGCUUUCAGAGGGACCAUAAUGAGGACGUACCAGGGUGCAGUGGGGGUAGAUCCUGGCCGCUGAUGGAUUACUGCUACGACCCGCAGUGCGAAAGCGAUUUGCCACCACUGGACAGCAGCUACGGGCAUGAUGGAGGUACCAACAUUCCGAAGUGCUCAGGAGACUGCGACGAGGACGGAGACUGCGCCGCAGGGCUGCGUUGCUUCCAGAGGACUGGGAACACGCGAGUGCCUGGAUGCUCGGGAAGAGGCCUCCCCAGUUUUGACUACUGCUAUGACCCGGCAGAUGCGCCGCCGCCACCAACGAUGCCUCCAGGCAGUGGGCCGCCUUGCCUUUGCGUCUUUGACAUCGACCGGACGUUGACAGGAAAGCAAGGCACUGGCGGAAGUGAGUGCCCUGCGGAUACGGAGAUCUGGGGCAUCUGGGAUGCGGCAUAUUCCGGGGGCUGGCUAACUUUGUCUGAAGCAGGUGCAAACUUGAAGGAGACUUUCUGUAGCAAGUGCUACAUGGGGAUUGUCUCCCAUGGUAUUGCCAGCGGCCGCAACUCGCAAGAGCGGACCUACUUGGUUGAGAAUCUCGCUGGUUGUUAG